AUGUCGAGCAGACAUGAUGAUGAUUACGACGACCGUCCUCGACGCUCUGCAAAGCCAGAAGUUCCCCUUCCGCCUCCCAUAGACGACGUGGACUACGGUGACGCACCAAGCCGGAAACCCAGACGUGCUCAUUAUCCUGACGACGAUAUCAUCGAUCUCCGAGACAACGAUCCGCCGAGAGGCGAUAAGAAAGGACGAGACAGAGACGACCCAGGUCUGAAGCCGCCCAAGUCGUCUAAAGCCGAGCGUGGCAGUUCGGCAGGCAGUGAUCGGCCACGACGUCGCCGUGAUCCCUAUUCCGACGCUGACGACGAAGACCUUGAUCCCCGCUACGAUGGGUACGAUGACCGUCCGCGCCGGCGCAAGGACGACGACUAUGAUCGCGGCUACAAGUCAGAUCGCGACCGAGGAGGUGGGCGCCGCGGAUACGAUGAUAGAUAUGAUGAUCCUCGACGCCGUGACGAUCGGCCCCGUCGCCGAGAUGAUGACUACGACCGAGGCUACAAAUCUGACCGCGACCGGCGGUCCAAGUACGACGACCCACGUGAUAGAAGACGAUACGAUGAUGACAGAGACCGGGACAGAGAUCGAGAUCGGAGUCGCCGACGCGGUGGAGGCGACAGGGACCGCGACAGAGAUCGUUAUGCCAGAGACAAGUCGCGCGACCGAGAUCGGGAUCGGGAUAGACGGGAUAAGAAGGGAGGUGGUGGUUUGGAUCUGAAGAACUUCGACGUGAACAAUAUUCAGGGCUACAUGGAGAAGGGGCAGAAGUACUACAAGAGUGCGAAGCCAUUCAUCGAUCAGCUUCAAGGCAUGCUGGGCAAGAAAUGA